GCUCAACUCACGAUCAUACAGCAAAUUCCUCACAGCAGGCUUUAAAACCACAGGCACAAGGUGCAGACCGAAAUUUUGCGCCAGUGCUUUAACUGCGGUCGCCCACAGAAACAGCGGCGUAACAGCUCAACAGCUCUCCAGACAAACUGCUUUUUCCCUGUUAAAUCCUUAUCGUUUCCUGACCGUUUUUUCACCUCUUAUCAGGUAAGAUAGUCUCCCAAAAGUUUUGGACAGCAGGACGAACUUAAUCAUCUAUCUAGAGAGUUUUAAUUUGAAAGCAAAGAUGUAUUGUUUGUUGAAGAGAGACGAUUGCCUCGGCCUGGCGAAGAAGAACAAACGCAAAAUGCUUCGCACUUUCAAGCUGUUGUUGAAAAUGCUUACUGAACAUAACGCAACAGUUAACUGCAGUUAAUUUUUCACUUAUGGCAGGAUAUCUACACCGAUCACAAGGCUUGAUUGGUAGUGGACUUGAAGGUUGCACGCAGUUCGUAGGUAAGAUAUUUUAGUAUCAUAAUUACUGCUCCGGCGCGUACGUAUCGUACAUAUGUUAUCUUAAUUGUGCAUUUCCCGAUGGUUAUGGCCAUAAAGGUGUUUAACCUGCAAGUUUUAUCUCCUAAUUACAUCUUUUACUUUAUACCUGUAUUGUACUUCUGGAUAAGACGCGAUUAAAGAUUACUAUGCUGCCGGAAAAGAGAUAAACGAAAAAUAAAUUCAAAGGAAGUUUUGCGUUCAACUUUAGUCAACACUGCUCUCUUUGCACUUAGUUGCACCUAAUAUGAUAGCAUUUCCCCGAUUUUUUGGCUUAUUUUAAAGAAAAAAGCCCAUUGAAAAUGGCCGUUUUGGUGCCAUCUGCUGUGAUUAAUUCAGUUUUAUUCAUAUCGCUUCCCCCUUAUCAGACUUUCCAUUUUUAGAGUUGUAUUUAUGGAAAUAUUUAUGAGUUACAAAUUGCGUCAAGUGAUGACUUUGAGGGUGCUUAACGAGGUUUCAUUAGAUACCACUGAUAUUGCUUCGGUGGUCUGUGUGUAGCACUGUUUCGUAUCCGUCGUCAAGGUUUUCCUUUUGUACUGUACACAAGCAAUCAUUUAUCAUCGUGGGUUUGUUCUUCCUUCCGUGAACAACCGAUACAAUAACUGAACUGGUUUCACGUCGCGCGCGAGAUGUAAAGACGCGUAAAACAUUCCCGUGGUCGGAUUAAGAUUUUUCUUUUUAAUACCGGUAAAAGUUGGCUCAAAAAGGAGAUAAUAAUUUUUAAGCUCACAUUCCAGAAAAAAAAUGUUAUGGUGCACCACAAGUCUUUUUUUCUUUUUUUCUUACGAAGUAGUUGCCGCAUGAUUGUCACUCGCUGUCAGUCUUGAGCGUCAGUUUGUGGGAGUUUUACUUUGUGAAAUCAAAACUCAUUGAUCACGCAGUUGUUCAGAAAAAAAAAAAAAAAAAAGAGUUACGUAAUCGACCACCAAAAAGAGAGAAUUUGUGUACAGUGAUCCGCGGGUUAGUUUUUAGGAGAUGAACUUUAUUCGUUUGUCUCACGAUGGAGUCACUUUGAAUGUUGAUCGCGACGUUUCGAAUGCAAUACUGCUAGUAUUCAUCAGGCGAUAAGGUCGAUCGUUUAGGUGUCGCUCUUUGUAGCACAUUGGUUCACAUUGUUUCACAUUGUUUUAUUUCGAUCCUCAUUAUUAUUCCGGUUAGUUUCUUUUUAGCAUGUGCUAAUAACAAUUCGUUUAUCUUGUUCGUCUACUAAUUACUUCUGGCUAAUGUCCCAUAUUGUUAGCACGAUACAGUAAUUGAAAUUUUAGCUAAUCCGGGCAGAAUUUUCGACAUCAGUCGCCCAACGGUUUGUCUAGGUUGACUGCGACAUUAUCACAACGCCCUAUUGACGGAAAGCAGUGGCCGUAAAAACCCAAAUAUUUUUCUUUUCAACUUAUAUAUAUGGCUAAACUCCAGGCUUUCAUCAUGAUGACAUCAAGGGUUCAUCCUUAAUAAGCAGUUCUGUAAAUGUGCCUCUCUGUAUAAUUUCAUUUUUCAAUGCUCUUGAAGACCCUCCUAGCAUGCCGAUCAAUCCCACAUUCCCGCUGUUCAAAGUUAUGUACACCUCCCACGAACAGCAGUGACAACAGUGACAUUGCGAUAAUUACAACUACGAUUCUGCGAACAGUUUCCCUAUUUGCUUUCGCAGUUACUUUUAGAGACAAUUGCGAAAUGCCUGACACACUACCAACCUAACUCUAUGGUAAGAAGAUAAAUGAAAACGGAACGCACUUCUGAACACGACUGCUUAAACGUUACCGCGCAGUGUAGAACUCUGAACCUCUAAUUUACUCACAAGAUUGCUUCAACGCUGUAUUCUUUGGUCAGCAUGCAUGCGGGCCGUUUUUGACAUGAGCUAUGCAGCAUUCAGGUCCUUUUCGCUUGGAACACUGAGCUUGGCGAAGCGAAAGUCGGCAAACGUGUUGAUUAUCGCCCUUCCUUGUUUUAUGCUCCCACUAAAAAAAAUAAAAGAGCUUGCAUAACGUCAACUUACAUAACUUUUUCACUAUAUAUUUUUUUAUCACUAUAUACAUAUUUUUUUUUACUACACGUGACAGACUUCGUCGAAAAGAAAGGAGUACCCACCGUCUGACUUCCAUUCUGGCGUUUUCCUUUAGGCAACCGUGUUCAGAAAUGUGUUCGCAAGCUCUUUUCAAGCUUGUAUUUCGAUGAAGCGGGGAAUGGAGCCUCCAUGAAUCCAUAAUACAUAUUUAUCUUUGUCAAUCCUCAAGGACAAUCCUCUCUUUUCAUAAAAUAAUCAAACGCUAGAUGUUCAAAGUUUUGGAACGAAGGAGUUAAACUUGUAACGCGCCCUUUAUUCUGACCAUUUUCUGAAAGAGCCGCUUUUAAUUAAUUUUCUGGUAGUACUUUGAUUUAUAACGGUACUUAACGAGAUAAAAUGUUCAGACGUGAGACAGAUUAUGUCAUAUGUGGAGAUGUUAUGCAAUUGUUUCUUUGUUCGUUUAUUUUUGGAUAGACGCUCUUAUUCAGUAUUCGUGACUGUUCCUUUCAGUGCCGCCAGCGUGAUGUGCCAGAAACUCGCGUGUGCUUGCACGUUACUCGCGCCUACUCGUGUGUUACUUGAAAAAACAAGAACGUUCAUGUAAACAAAAAUAUUAAAGGAAUAGACCGCACUUUCUAUCUGUUUACCGGCGUGAUAACCUGCGGGAUGUUGGGAGAACACUGGAAAAGUUUUCCGUAGGCGAAUGACUUCAAAACUUCCGAAAAACUUUUUCAUCAUUAUCACCGUGGGUUUCUGAGCUCGCAUUUCCCAUUGACUCUUCGAGCGUAUAUUCAAGGUUGCUUGAUGCAUAUACUAGCUUCAGGGGACGAUAAUCUGUUACAAUGGUUAUUUGGAUUAAAAGAGCAUUAAAAUUGCCGGAGGAAAGGAGGACUAAUUUUGUCAAAUUCUUUUAAACACAGACAGCUUGUUUACCGAGACGUUGUCGCCAAAACGCAUUACAUAACAUAAGUCAAUAUUUAUUAAAAUAGAUGAGUUAGAUCCCCUUCUUUAAGAAUUUAGAAUCUGAAAAUGAAACAUAGCUUGUCUGGGGCGUGCUAUCCUAUGCGAAUUUUUGCCAGCUCGUGACUAAUGGACCUAAAAACGAAAAUGAAACUCGUAAUUGUGUCAUUCCUUAUGUGCGAAGUUGUUCCCAAAUUUUAUCCUGGCUUUGUAGCAGAUUAGGAAAGGAGAUUCGUCAAGGGAACUUAGAGAAGUUUGUUCCCAGAGUAUCGUUACAUCGAAAUAUGAGUAUGUUUCUUUCAUACUCUAACUGCAACUGGCGACCUUAAAUAAGAAUCGUCUCAACUUGUACAUCACAGACUAUCAGAGAAUAUCUAACCGAACAAUCAGGUCUAUUCUUCUCCAUCUUUGGCCAUUUUCAUUCUCUACUGGUCAAAUACAGUCUCACUUCUGUUUUUCUGUCUAACCGUUAUAAUAUUUUCAGUUAUAUCGUUUUGGUAAAAGAUAGUCGCGCGCGACUUAAGAAGUGUGUAAAAAGUAAUUACAUCGCAAUGCAUUCCUCUAAGCUGGAUGCACAUGCUCAUUGCAUGUUUUGUCAUUUAGAGUUUUUGCGGACGCCCUGGCAUGUUAAACACGAGGAGAACUUGCAAAAUGAAGUGCCUUGAUAAUAUGAUUUGGCACACUUUUUAUCUCGAACUUGUAAAUGUUUCGGCUUGAACUUUAAAACCAUUUCUAGUAAUCUCUGCCAAGACGACGAAGAAGUGGCGGGUACAUCAAUAAUGGUAGCUUGCCCGAGAAUUUUUUUUCUGUAUGCAUCUUUGCUUAUGGUCUGCCGGCCUAUUAAUCGUCUUUUGUUAUUGUAAAAGAAAUCCGAUUAACAGAGGUUGGCGCAUGAACAUUUGUUCUGAGAAUAGUUUAGUACGCUUGAUUUGCGCUGCACGAUUUUGCUUCAGUAGCGUCCAGUUGUUCUUGGGAGUCGUGGUGAGUAUUGGCUCUGCUCGCAAUAUUUCUACCGACGGGGAACUGUUUGUGUAAGUGAAACAAUAAUUGUAUCUGUUUGCCAGUAAGGACGUUUUAGACGAGUACAGGACUAAGGAAAAGCAACAAGUCCACCGUAAAAGGUACCGUUAGAGAAAGUAGAACUGUAACUUUACAUUCCAUCGAAGCAAAGUCAGAGCAACAGCGUGCACGGAUUCGACGUCGAAUUGAGAGGUAACGGGAAAACGUCUGCAUAGUUAGCUUAUCUCAUUGAACUCCAAAAACAACUUGGAAACAGCAGAAGUUUUGCGAAAACUAGGCUCCAAACAUCGAGGGAAAAGGAGGGGGAAACUUGAAGUGAGUUCCCAACUCUAUGCUUUUCAUUGUGAGCUCAGUAGUUAUGGUCACGACGUUUUAGGCCGGAGUCAUGCGAGCCCAUCAUCAAUCGUCAAAGUCGCGAUUAUUCCUCAAGAUUUAAUAUUUAUCCUAGCCUUAUAUGUCAGUAUGUUUGCAUUAGGCUGUUGGUAAUAACCAUGGCCUUUGUUUUAACAAGCUGAACCACUUACAUUCCAUGAGGACGAGCAUAAUUGAUUUAUUUUGAGAACGCGUGCAAAAUAGUUCCCUCAUUAAGGUCGAAAUGUUUCAUGAUCUCAAUCAGGGCCUCGAGGCUAUUAUUGCUCUUUGAAUCAAGGAACAAAAAUAUCCGAUUCUUUAUAAAUAGGCCAUGAACUAUUAAGAGAAUGGGGUUCGCAGAACAGAAAACUCAUUUAUACUUUAUUUUACUUCUUCCGUUUCUACGCGGUGAAGUUCCGAAAUUUACUUUGUAAAUUGAGAAGUUGAUCAAUUUGUGAGUAUGGCGAGUUAGUUUUACGUCUCUCCGGCGCAGUUUGUUUAUCUAAUCAACUAUAACUGGCCAUUAUACCUUUGCGGUUUUGUUUUGUAGCUUUGUUGUAUUUAUGGCAAGAUUAAAUCUUCCACUCGAAUAAAUUUGCAAUUUUACACGCAAGAGAUCAUUUAAAGAAACGGCAAAUUUGCUGUGUAUGACACCGUUCCGUCUUCCAUCGCGAUAAAAACUACCGGUACUUCGAUGCAAUUUUAAUGUCAAUAUGUAGUAACACUAUGAGGCUUUCGUUUUUCACUAUAGGGCGUGGAACUUAUCACGGAUUAGUUUUAGUGAGUCUUAAUACGCCCUUAGGCGACUUGAAAUACCUAAAGAAUGGAAAAUGUUGUUGACCGGAAGUGUGUUAAAUUAAAUCGCAUAGCUACUGCAAUGGAACGGUUUAACGCUGACAGGUGGUUACAUUUUGUGUUGCAUAAAUCUUCUCAUCUAGCGGUAAAAUUUCGAGGUUAGUGUCUUCUUGGGGACUGCAGAGGGCUAAUACGUUAAGUGGGUGGAAAUUUUCUCAGAUUAAAUCUCUACAUCUCUAUUGAUGUAUUGAGAUAGUUUUAUUUCAAUAAGCCCUAAAUGAACUUGACAUCCUAUUGAUAGCUUUUUAAUUGUUCUUUUGCAACGGAAUUACUUGUGUAUAGCACGCAGCCACUAAAAAAAAUAGCAAACUUUCAAUGCACAGCAUUUUUAUUAAAAAAAUGAAUGCCUAAUCACAUGUGAAAAUUGGUCAUGUUCUCUUCACUUUCCGUUCCAUACCGACAACUUUGCAAUGUUCAUUUACAGCUUCAAUUACGGUGAUCUAUUUAUACAAUCAGCUGUAAUGCACAACAAGCUUUCUCCAUUGUCCUUGCGGAUGUUUAAAGAUACUUCUGGAAAGUCGAACAAAGUCCAUUAGUUAUGUAUAAUAGAAUUUUAGGAGCCCGUUACAAAGGAUCUAAACUCAUAGCUUAAAACCAGCGCUUUACUAAAUAUCUACCAAGAGAAAUUAAAAUGAAAGAACGAAGUAUUAUUGUUUAGUCCCAAUCCUUCCAAAAACCUGCACACACCAUGUUUUUGUCCUCUCUAAUACCUCAUAGCCCUGGCCUAAUUUCGGGAGCUGAAGACAGUUCAAACAUCUUAAACAUCUCAAAAUAAUAGACAGUAAAAUUGUCGAAAUGCACAGUUUUGCCGUUUACCGAAAUGAUCAGUUCCCUUUGAUUACCCGCUCUACGUGAUUAAUUUCCUUAAAACGGGAUUCCAGUUUUAUUUUCAACUCAUCUGCGCGAAACUACGAGCUGAAAAUAAUGACGAAGAAUUCAACACGCUGAAUUCGAAGGUGAAUGCACGAUGUGAAAUAAGAGGAACAUGUACAAAGGAGCUUUGACAUGACGAAUUGAGUUGUUUUUGUGACGCAGAAAAUGCCAUUUUUAUAGACGAAACUGAAUUUGAAAUAGCACUUUGCUGCAGGAGGAAAACAGUAGUGUUAAGAAACAAACUGAAGAGAGCAGGGAUGGUCAAAGAAAAAAAAUAACCUUUGGUAAAUAAAGCUGAUCUUUGGGUUGAAAGGGUUAAUAUGGAAAACCUUUUAUGAAGGUCUCUCUGGUGAUGAGGUGAUGAUAUUUUUGCACCUGUAUACAGGGAAUUGUAUUUAAUAACAUUACAAAACUAUCAUCACCUCAUCACCAGAGAGACCUUCAAAAAAGGUUUUCCAUAUUAACUCUUUCAACCCGAAGAUCUCAUUAGUAAUUUUCCAUACUGACUGCUAUACAAUUCCUAUAAUGUUAGCAGUGGCGGAUCCAGGCCUUGAGCUAAGGGGGCCCCCGGUUUUUUGUCGCGGUAGAUUUAGCGGGAGGGGGGUGAGGGGGCGGGAAGUUGAAGGACUCUUCAAAGCAAUCAUUUCAAAUUAUCAUAUAAACAUAGUGAAAAUUUUUGACCAUAAUUUUCACCAUAACACCAUGUUUUCAGGGGUGACGCUUAAAAGCAUAAUACUCAAAUUUUCGAGCAUAGCGUAGCUGACCCUAUUUAGUUCUGCGCUGAGUUGGUCGAAGUGCAGUUUACGCUAAUCCUUGUUUCAGUUCCUUGAUAAUCUAUGUUUUUAGAUGUACUUCCACCAGGAUAUAUGUUAAUCGGGUUUUAAACAAACCGGACCCGGAAAGACUCCUUUCCUGGAUAGAUUCGACUCUAAAUAGCAUAUAUAACAAUGGUAGUCUAGAAAAAGAAAUUAAUCCAAUGACUUAAAUUAUGAUUUUUUCAAAACCCGAUUAAUAUAAAUCCUGGUCGAAGUGCUCAAAAAAAACUUUAGAAGUUAGCCAUCUAACCCCCUAGAGUGACUGGGAUCUAAUUUCACCUUACAGUAUUCCCAUGAAUCAAAUAUGAGGGUCAUGAGAAUAAAGGAACUGAUCAAAAGCUUAACAAACUCUUUAUUUUGCAACAAAUUUUUCUUGUCAGCACCUUAAAUGUAUAGAGAACAGUAUGGAGAAUAUGCAUACUGAUGUUAGGGUGUACGGGGUCAAACGAGAAUUAGAAUAAACAGCGCUUGGAGCACCUGGACUUAAAAAUAACCAAGGGGAAAGAUAUUUAUGAUUGUAAUAAGGGUGUGGUCAAUGUAACCCAUUAUAUCUCAGCUAUUUAUAUUUAAACAAUGAGCAGCCCGCAAGUCUUUGUUGGAAUCGCUUGAUCAUGCGAAGGUAUCUAAAUCAUUCUUAAAAGCUCCCCGCUACUCUCGGCUCACUAGGUACACUUAAUACACGCAUGAAAUGUCAAUUAACCAGUAAUGAAAAAUUUAGAAUUCGAACUUAAUUGCCUGGAGGUGAACACAUUAAGCAACAAUCGUGUGUACAUGAAAGCAAUUAACAACGCCCUCCAAUUUCGUUAAAGUAAAAAGUUAUCAAGCACAAGUGUUUACAUGGAUUUUGCUAUCGGACGACAGUUACAAACCUUGAUUAGAGAAAAAAGCCUCAAUGUUAUGAUCCAAACCACAGCAAUUCAAUCUGGUAAUGAAUUCGCAGAUGAAAGGCGGUAUUUAGUAUCAAUGCUCGGCUUAUUUCACAUCAGGGGAAGCAAACCGCAAACAAGAGCAAAAUUAGCAUUGCACACAAACAAUAUUUCUGUUUAUGUCGACUGCGUUAUUUUCAGAAAACUCGCGUCCAAUUUUGAUAAAAGUUUACAUCACUCCAAUUUCAGUUGCUGCGAUAACGCUACAUGCGGUAAUCUGCUCCAACAUAGACAAAACGCGAAGAGGAUAAAACACAAGUUUUUAAUUAGUUAAACGAAAGGACGCGUUCGCGUCAAUGAACCGAAUACGCAAGGCUUUCAAAGUAGUGAGAUCCUAAUCUUGUUUCCAUAGAAAGCGGGCUUUUCAAGUUAAUUUCAGCAGCCUAUUUUACUUGCACCCAAAAGUAACAAUUUAGAAUUUUCCUAUGGGAAGGAUAUAUUUGCACUACGGGUAAUGUAUCAUUGCCAAGGGAUGCAUACUAACUCAUUGUCUUUCGCUUUCGUGGAUCAACCUAACGCAGCUGGAAGAAGCUGUAGGCGCCAAAAACACUCCUUUUCUAUUUAAAUAACAAAGGAAAUAUCUCUACGAGAGAGAAGCGGGAACGGUGAUCCAAACGGCAGGACAUUUCUUCAUGUGAAGCAGUAAUAUCGGGUUUGACUCACAUAAUAAACCCCUUGUUAAUGUGUUGCUCGGGAGCCGCGUGUUUUUCCCGUAUGUUUUAACUCCUUGAAUCAAGCUCAGAAGUAAGUAUUUAGACUAACAAUAUGCAUAAGUAUCUUGAGCUAGAACAGUCUGUCAAAGUUAAGGGCAGCGGUUUUGAUCCAAUUCGCGUAAGUUUAAACAAACUUAGCAUUUCAACCGCGAAGCGUGCACGGUUCUUUCAAAGAACCGCGUUAAUUAUUUGCCUUUAACGCCUCUGGGCUUUACAAAUUCAGGUUAAGGAGAACACAACUAUGUGAACCAGUUUAAAAUCAAAAAAAGACGUGUUGACCCAUAAAAAGUCGUUGAAAUCCCUCGAGUUACGCUAGCUGUGUUGAUAACAUUGAAGUGUAUUGCAAGUAAAUAGCGAGUUUCAAGGACAAUGUUACGUGUUCGAAUUAGUUGAACCACUUGCCAUUUUUUGUGUUUUCGUUAGACUUGAAUCAAAGCAGAAAAUAAACAAGCUGAAACUUUCAGGUUUGGACCCAUUUCAAGGUAGUCUUAAGACAAUUACCAAACUGAGAAUUUGGUGGAAAAAAAGUACUUCGGGUUACUAAUCAAUUACUAAAUUUUCAAUAAGUUGUCAAAACGUCGAUUCAAGUCUACUGAAAAACAAUCUUCCUAGGCUGAUGACCACUGUAAUGUGAGUACAUCGUCUCCAUGGCAUCGAGUCCGGAGAAACACGUUGCCGAUGAGCUAUUCACGAUUCCGAAAUGUUUUCCAUUAAACCUCAUCCUGAUACAUCGAAAAUUGUUUUCUUAAGUCAGUAUUGCUUUGAGGAAAGAAAUUUUCAACGUGUUAGCCGGCGCUUUUGCACUCAAUAAUAAGGCCUCCUGUGAUUAGGAUUAUGUCAAUAAAAACCCAGCCUUUUCUUGAGUGUAAUUAAUCUAAGCUGUCACUCGAUCACAAAGAAAGUCUUUAGAGGGGCAGGUGUCUGUAAUUUUUUCUUUGGACUAAUCUAAGAAGCUCAAGGCUGAACCGAAUUUGGCACAAAUAAGACCAACUGGGAGAUUGACGAAAGAUUUCUUUACAGAUUUGGAUCGUAUUUUUCUGAAACCACUGAUCAUAACUUUGACUUUAUCACCAACUCUUUCCACUUUGCAACCUCCAUGUUAUUACUUUGAGAACAAAGUAAUAACAUGGAACCAACAGAAUUCUUGACCUGGUAGACCAUAUCACUCUUGUAUUAAACAUCUUAUGCAAACUUUACUUAUAACUGAUAUCUUUUGAACGAACCAAGAGACACACCCAUAAAAAUUGACUCCUCUUCCCCUCUCUCUCCCAAACAAAAAACUGGAUCAGUUAUACACUUAUAUAUUUUACAAGUUGUUUUUGUCUGUCGAGUUUGUUCACAUCUUUUCGACAAUAUUCUAUACUAAAGACACAUUUCCUGUGUUUUGAAGCGGAUGUAUUAGGGGUGCAGGAUUGUUUGGAAUCGGAAAAGCGUCUUGAGAGCAGAAGUAACCCACUAAAAAACUUCACAGCAAAUUCUUCCCAGGGAGUUUAUCUUUGAAAAAACCGCAUAAGUUAAUCCUCUUUUUUUAAACCUUUCGUUCACAGAAUCUCUCUGUUUACCACAGUUUUUACGAAGAUCUGUAAAGUUCCUAAAUAUUUCUUCUUCCCGAUCCUCCCACAUUUGGUCUUUUUUUUCUCUACGAACAAUUUUUUCAUUUAUGUUGUAAUCACACAAAAGGGAUGGCGAUCUUUCUAACUCAUUCAUCACAUUACCCUACUGCUGUUUAUACACAUUAAAUCAACUGAUGAAAAUUUGAUUGGAGCCUAUAACAAUUGAACUCCUUUGUUCAAUUUCAAUGGCGAUUUAAUGAUCAAGCUGUACGUAAGAAUGAAAUUGUAGAUGUUAACAGCUGUUUAAGAAAAUCCGCCCUAUAUAUAAUAAGAUGUCUACAUUUUCGAAUGAUUUCAGCUUAGUUUUAGAAUGGUUGGUUUAUGUGGAUAACUCAAGCCCAAUCGAUUACUUUGGAAGAUUUAUUUUCACAUUUAAAAAAGCAGUAUCUUUUCAAAAGAAAAUAAUGUCCUAUUUUUUCUCUCUUGUUUUCGUCUAAUAUCUAGUAUGGAAAGAUAAAAAGACACAAUUACUUAUUCAGAUUAUGUCCACAGCUUUGACAUAAAUUCAUUUGGAAAUAACUGGAUUAUUCUUCACUAAGCGCAACUAUAGGGCGCUCUGAAUUCGAUUCCAACCCAGCUAUCAAAACAAAACAUCUUUCUGAACGUUCUCAGCUUGGUAAGAAAGGGCAUUGUCUUUGAAUUUGAUCAGCUUUUCUUGAUACGCAGAAAGUUGCCACACAAUUUUCUCUUAAGAGGUGACAAACUGUAUUGAGCGCAACGACUUCAAAAAAUUGCCUUUCGGAAGAAAAUCCUUCUCUUCCUUCUGGAAACAGGGAAUUGAAUGACGUACUUUAGGGGAGUGCCUUACGAUUUGACCGCUCGGCUAAAACUUUUUUUUUAAUCGCCUGGUAUAUUUUGGACUUCCUGUGGAAGCGGUGGCGUUUGCAAAUUAAAUGGCGAAUAGAAAUUGUACGCAAAUUGCGACAAGAGAUUCAAACCGCAAUCCGCUAGUUUCGUGAUAACUUCAGGUAAUAACUAUUUUACUGGAAGAAUGAUCUCUGUCUGAAAAGCAUGCUUUCAUGUCUACAUAUUUGAUCUUGCGUCACCUCAAAACAAGAACCGUCUCAAUUAUGCUCAGGUGCUUUCUGUAAAUAUGUAAUUUGUCUCCUAGCAAAGUAAAGCAAAAUUGUUGGAACCAAUUAAAAUAUUUUAAUGUGAAUUCCUAUCACAAGGUGUUUGUUUUGAUUUUUUUUGUUCAACUCCAGCAUUUGGGACAUGAUUGCCUACUUCUGCUCACCUAUAAAGUACGGUCAUGAAGAAAAGUAUAUUACUUUUUGCAAAAUACGAGAUCUCACGUAAUAAUGAAAAGUUAUGACACGUCCAGACAAGACGGAUUGAGGAGAUUAACCUCGUAAGCUUUCUAGCAAUCGCUAACAAACACGUCCCAAAUAAAUAUCCAAAAUAAGAGAUGGAAAGUUAUUUUUACGAGGAAAUAGAGUAUUGCUGUUGCAGCUCGUUGACAAAGCAAGUAAGAAGUUGCUAAAUGAGGGCAACUAAUACACAAUUUUGAGGGAAAAAACUCGUUGGAAUUAAUAUUGAGUGCCAACUUCCUGGAGGUGGAAUUUUUUUAAAGAGUGACGUUCAUAGCACUAAAGCAAAUUUAGAUAAAUCAUGUCUGUCCCACUUAUUUUAAACAAUUAGCUACUGGUUAUCUUUGUUUGAUCAAAGUGCCUUUGCAUUUGUGUUUGUGUAGUAUUAAGAAUUUUACGGCCUACGCAAUACGUGAGAUUUUUUUCUACGCGAACUUUGAACGUCCUAAUUGCAUUAUCUUACCUGGGCGGAUCUCGGUUUUUUGGUCUCUAGAAACUUAACUUCGUGAUAAUCGUGAUCAACUCUGGGAAGUUGAUAAUAAACGAGAUUUGAAAGAAUUUAAGUGGUUUAUGUACAUCUAAAGUAUGUCAAGAGCAUACUUAAGAUUUCAAUCCCACCGAAUUUUAAUAUCAAGACCUGCUGUUAAUUUAUCAAUCUGUAUUUACCUUGCGUGGAUUGAUUAUCUUUUCAGAAAAAAAACCCGCAAUGCUAUAUUUAGAACCGCAUUCAACAUCAUAGUAGAUUCAACUUCAAAGGGGUCUUUGGUUCAGUGUAGAUUAGUACAACAAAUGUCGUUUUAAGAAACAGAUUAAGACAGAGCUCUGUGAUGUUUGUAAUAAUUGGGUAUAUAUCAUCAGAAUGAGUUGGAGAGAGGUUUAUCUCCAAAAACACUUUUUUUAUUGAAUCGAAAAGCGAAACAACAUGGAAGAACUGGCAUAUACACAUUGAUUCCGCAGCGCAAUCGGGCCAUUCAAAAACACUCGAUUUGAAGAAAUCAUAACAUUCUUAACAGCUCAAAUGAUGGCAAUAUGCUACAUUUAGAGAAGGAUAAAGGAUUUCGUGACUUUUCGAGAACAAAUGCACGCAAGCUGGCUGUGAGGAAAGAGCAUUAGCGAAUUAUCACGAAAACCCAAUUUCGCACCUCGUAUUAGUUAACUGUUUUUUAAUUAGGUACAAGUAAAUAUGGAAACUCCCCGUUGAGUUUUUCAGUUAUUCUUGGCGUAUUUAAAGCUUUUGAUCUCAAUGACGUACUUACAAUAACUUCUUUGUUGUAUAAAAACAACGCGAAGCUCUUAAGAAAGUAAUAGAGAGCUUAUCUAAUUCAUAACAGUACAAACUCGUAGCUGAAUGAAAUAUUUGAUCAGCGACCUCCCAGAUUUCACUGCAUGAUCUGACACAUUCAAUCAGCCACACACGGUAAGAUUUUUUAUCUCAGCUCUUUCAACGAGAGACGGCUGUGUUACCUGAGGGCUCUGCAAAUGCGGUCCCUCUGUAACUUUAUGACUAAUCUUUUUUCAGCUGGUCAAAUGGCACUGGCAACUUUUCAUCCGUAUUACGUCGGGGUCUCUUCUAGACUCGGACAGACAUAUCCCCAAGAAGAUUUAUGGUCAUCGAAAGACGCUCAGAUAUUUUCAGAUUACCCUGAAGAGCAUGCAGUAAAAAUUCUUGCGCUCGAUAAGUGGUUUAAUUUGUUUCCAAUUAACAGCUUCUUGAGGUCGUCCGAGGAUCCCUCCCUGCAUCUUUUACCCUGAAAGGAUUCCUCUCAGCACGCUGCGUAAGAUUUCAGUAGCCUUUCAACGCGCCAUGUCAUAUUCAGAGGCCUCGAGAAACGAAAUCCACACUGAAGUUCUUAUCCUGAUUUUAUCUUUUGAAUCUCUCGGUUCUUUUGUGACAUCUGAGGAGUCGUUCCUAUCCAAACUCUUAAACAAACGUCAUUUUUUUAAGACUGCACAGGUCGCCAAUGUUUGGUCGUAGCGGGCUUUGCCAACAAACGGCGGGCAUACCAGCAGCGCUGUUUCGCCAGGUCUCAGUUAUUUUCAGGAAAGGAAAGGGAAGGAAAGGCGUUUUUCAAUAGCUAACGCCGAGACGAAAUCUCAGACGAAAGGCGAUUUAUUUCAAUAACCUUGCCGGUUUUGCGUUUAGGAAGGAGUAUUUAAACACUCGGUGUAGGUGGCAAAUUACGUACACGAGACAUUGUUGUCAUACUCUGCUUUAAGACGUAAGUUAGUUGGUAAAGUCACGGCUUCCCCGGCGGAAACCAGAGCGAAUUAAUAAAAGUAGUGCUGUUGAAAGCAGUUUAGAAACAGCCUCUGACACUCAGUCAGGGCGGGGCAGGUUGAGACGCGGAUGCGUAGUUAAUUGGGGGUGCACCUUUAGUUAUAAAUACUGAAGUGAUCGAAGUCAGUCGGAUGAAACAACAGGCUCUCAACGAGCGCACUGCACGACCGAGUUGAUUUUUAAAAAUAAUUGAUCUCCUCUACAAGCCGUGUCAUUCGGGUUUUUACCUCACCGCGAGCAGAAUACUACCGCGUAUGUGUUGGUCCACAGAAGUAUUGAUUAUUUUUGACAUUCCGCACGACAUGGGUCAUUCAUGCGCCCGGGAGAUGUAACCCAAGUCGGGUAGCCAUCGGAGAAAUUUUUUAUCACUUGAUAUGAAAUCUUCUGGUAUUGAUUAGCUUACGGCUUAUUUAGAAUCGCGUCUCUGUUGCUUGGCAGGUCUCAAGUUUGUUAUUUGCGUGGACUGAACUGGCCCGUGACGGCAUCAACAACAUGAACAUUCUGUUUCGUAUCGCAGCAGUAUUGUUUCUUCUAAACAUACUCGCAGAGAAGCUUCACGGAAUACGCUGGUUGUAAGUAUCAUCAGUGAAUUGCUCCUCCUGCACUCUUUGACCUCUGGAUUUCGUCCAUUAAUUUUUCAAUUGAGAUGCAUGUGCGAAGUACUGUGCCUUCUGUACGGAGUAUGUUCAACUAACGCGGUCUAUAUUCCAUGCGUGAUUUCUCUGUUUUUAUUGUUACACAGAGCCAUAAAAAUACCGUCAGAUGUUGAAUGGCAGAAAACGAAUUGCAGCAAAGUACACGGCUUCAUUGGCGAGCAGUAUAAAAUUUGUCGAAGAAGCUUGCCCAUCAUGAGAUAUGUCUCCGAGGCUGCGGAGAUGACUAAGACAGAGUGUAAAUCGCAGUUACAGAACAGAAGAUGGAAUUGUACAACCAUCUCACAGGCCCCUUCGUUUUACAACGAUCUCAAGAGAGGUAAGCUACAAUUGAGGUUUUGUAUUGUUUGUUUUUUGUCAGAAUAAUACCAUUAUACCAAAACUUAAUGACUAUCAGUUCAUUCGAGCAGAUGCUGGAGCUAGAUUGGGCAUGGGGUAAAAAAUAAUCACAUUCAGGAUAACACACAAUUAUUUGAAGGUAAUUUUGUUAGUUAAACUAUCGUUGCUUUGCAUGAAAUCGCUUGGGGCUAGUAAUUGAAACCCGACCAUCUUUUUGAGUGCGGUUAUCGUAAAAUCUCGUAUUCACAGUUAUGAAGAAAGAAUCGAUGAUAAAAACCAGGGGAAGCUUAUGGAUUGUGUUCGGGGAAAUAUCAUCACAAAAGAGAACUUGAAAUAAUGGUGUUUCUCUCCGGUAAAAUUCUUGUUUCUAUACGAAAUACGCUUGAAUUUCGUUUUAGAAAACAGUACAGACUGCCUCGUGUACGAUCAAUAAUUUGGGUUUUGCUUCAAAACCUCGUUAUCGGAAGUAGUAACUUUAUUAUUUCUUAGAACCAGAUGGGUAUUCAAUAAUUUGAGAGCACAUAGUGAUUUCAAAGUCAUCAGUGUUGUACUUUAUUCAAUAGAUUUAAAUUGACUCAAACACUCAGAGCACGUCAAAUCUAGCCUUCAAUUACUCCAGCCACCUUGUCGCUUACAGACAAAUCAGUUCUGAAUGUUUCAUCUCUUUAAUUACUUUGACGUACCCAAAAAGAUAUUUGGGAUAUGCACUGAGAGCUCGGAUGGAUGAAUCAUUAACAAAUACUGGCACAAUUUUGCGUUUGAAUUGAUUACGUCUUUUAAACAUUUCCAACUAACAAAUCCAUUCACUCAAAGACGAUUAAUCUUAAAGCUAUUUCGCAAACAGAAUAGAUAUGUAGUGUUUUGAAUAGCAUUUCCGCAGUAAUUCCUUAAACCUCAAAUCGACCUCAAGGUUUUCACUCGGAAGUCAACAAAUUGUAGAAGGCUGGUUUGACGGAAACGUUUUGGUUAACCACUUGGUAAAAGGCGAAAAUUUUGUUUAAAAAAAUACGACCUUCUUCCGCCUAUAAACUGCGUGGUACGAGUAGUAAUUUCUUAAUAAAGCAUUUCAGUUUCAUCUGGAAAAACAAUUUAACUUGUUUUUGAAAAGGUCGCUUCAUAUCCAAGACUAAUAUCUUCUCAAAGCAAAUAUUUACACUUCGGCAGGCGUAAAUGGCUGUUAUGUAAACAAAUAAAUAAUAGAAAACACAGACUUUUACGAUAACACGCUCAUUUCAUUACCUGCGCCGUGCUCAAAAAAAAAGUAUGUUGAUCCCUUCAUUUUUCAGGAACCAAAGAAUCCGCGUUUGUAUACGCGUUAUCAUCGGCCGCUGUAGUUUAUAGCGUGACUCAAGCCUGUAGUAUUGGACGAUUGAAGGAACAUUGUGGCUGCGGGAGAACGCCGAAAACGAAACUAGAAAAUAAAGACUGGAUUUGGGGCGGGUGCAGUGACAAUAUCGCGUACGGAGUGCGAUUUAGCAAGAAGUUUACGGACGCCGUGGAGAAGAAAAGAAUGGAAGGGCAAGAACCCUCAGCGACCAGCCGAGCCUUGAUGAACAUACAAAAUAACGAAGCGGGAAGAACGGUAAGGAAGUCUUGAUAUUUUACUGUAUUGACUUGCGCAAAAAUCAUCAGUGACAUCUUUUACGUCAUAAGAUAAAAGUAAUUAAUCAGGUUUAGGAGGGUUAUCGAAGGUUGAGUGACUCCAGCUUUGUCGUGAAGCUUCUUUUGUGGGCCUGUUUACAAGCCAGUAAAUAUGGUCGACAUAUGCCAAAUAUAACCAUCUUUGUUACUGAUUACCCUUGUCUUCUCCUGAAAUGCGCUGAUAUGAUGUGGCUAAAUAGGUAUUAGGAUAGCAGAGUUUGAUCAUUUUGAAGAAUGAACUCCCAUUAUGCGAGUAGAUUUUAGGUUCAAUGGUGCUAAAUUAUUUCGUUGACGAUACCUGGUUUCACAGAUUUAGUAGAAUACAGAUGAUUCAAGGCAAACCUUGUAUCGCGACUAAUAUUCGACAAUUACUAAGUGACGAAAUGUUUAAAUUAUCGGUGUUGUUUUAGGCUCAAGGAAGAUCAAAUCUCGAUUGCUUUGAAUUAACUGCGUAAUGUGGAAAACACAUUUCUACGCUCAAUUGUGCUGUGUUCAUUUUGACAAAAUACCUUGCUUUAAGGUUUGACCUCGUCAGACACGUGUGUCAUCAUAGCUGUCCUAAAAAUAGUGAUUGAUUUUAAGAUAGCCUAUCGACAAGACGACUGCGAGCAUUUCAUAUCGAAAUCUAGUGAGUUUGACAAGAUGACAAAGCAACAAAUGUGUGGUUGUGAUUAGGCUCACUCACGUUGUAAGCGACUUCCGACGGUGUCUUUGGUUCGUAAACACAAUCCCUUUGAACGUCUGAAGGCUGAAUAUACUUCAAAGUUAUCAGAAACUGUUAUUUAUUAAUAUUUAUGAUUCUUAAUUCAAACGGACGGGGUACGGUUUGAAAUAAUCAAGGCGUCUUUUUUUUUUUUUUUUUUUUUAAGUUUUCUUUACCAAAAUGAACUCUCAGAUUAUUGAUACCCAUUAUUGAAAAGUGAGGCACCCCUGAGUAGUUAUCAAGAAAAAUAUCAGAAUACGGUCAAAUGUGUCAGUUUAUCCAAAUAAAUAAUUCAACGAGAAAUAGUGUUUGAAAAAAAGCGAGAAAUUUGUUUGCGAAAAUUGAAAACUAAUAGAUUUCUUCGUCAAAAAGCAUUCAAAAUAUUAUGGGUUCUUAUCUAUCACGUGCAAAAUUACCUUCAAAGGAAGAUAAACAAACUUAAUCAGUUUUUUGGAAUAGGAAAACCUCCCACGCAGUCCCUUUCUCCUAACAAAAUCCAUUGCGUGAUUUGAUUGGAAAAAAAUCUGCGCAUCUCGCUUUCCCUUCAAGCGACGCGGUAUAUAUAACAAUUACUCACCAAAGUGAAGGUGAAUAGUACUUGCCUCGCGGACAGCUCUAUUCACUUGUGUAGUAUAUACUAGAAUAUAUACAUAUAUAAUUAAGAUAUAUGAUUUUCUGGGACGAUUGCUAUUGAAUGGCGAAAGGCAUUUUCCCGGAAAUAAAAGGGAACGACUUAAUGGUUAGGAUAAAAGAAAAUUAAGUUGAAUGAAAAUGCUGGCCGAAAAUUCGGAAUAACCGCUCUUUCAUUAUGGAUUAUGAGAUCCGAAACGGGAUGAACUGGUUCAUGUGAAUUCAACACUGAUUUCCCCUUGUUCUUAAGUAAGAAAAUAUUGGUUAUCCAACUGAUAAUUGGACAGAUCAGCUUAAAAGUUUUCGCAUUCUUCGACUUGAAAGAGAAUACUGAUCCAGAACAUUAAAAAGUCAUUAGUGUUUGGAUCAACUCUUAAGCUCUUGUUUGUUUCCUUUGUCCGGCGGGAUCUGUUGCGGAUUUCUUUCUGUUUGGGUUCGGGUGCUGAAAUUUCACAACCCACGGUGUGCGCAGUGUUAAUUAGUGGUAAACAAUCCGUUAAAUGUUUGCAGAUCAUCUGAACCCUACGAAAUUUAAGCUGAAAAAUCCAUGACCUCGCCAAGUAAAAACACGUUAGCACGUCAGAAAACAAGGAUUAUUGUUUGGUGAUAAAAAUUUUGCUCACGGAAGUCAACCAGUUGCUUUAAAUUAAAGACAAGUAAGUUCCCGGACACCGUUAGCAUCUGCUCAAUAAACCACUUAAAGAAUUUCAGUCUCUUCUUAAUUGAAAAAAAUGCUUUCCACGCGACGAUUAGGUCUGUAAGGCGGUUCUGUCGUGAUAUUUUGUUACGUUUGGUCAGAAUUGGAAUAUUCUUUUUUAAAGGUAAAGGUAGUUUGAGCCCGCUUUCGUGUACAAUUGAGCUUCGCCAGUAAGGGAGAUCAAUCGCAGUCAGGCUGUUACGCUAUUUAUAUUUACAAUCCGAGUUAAUCUCCUUCAUCUCUACCCAUCUUUGCUCUCUUAUGAAUUGUAUUUGCCGCUAGGUCUUUUCUCUACCCGUCUGAAACUGUUAUUUUUUAAAACGUUCCUCUUCCGGUUUUUAAAGACUUUCAAAACAACCCAAAUACACAGCGACUUUCUGUAGGCCUGUUUUAUUUGAAAACUUCUGUCUUGUACAAUUCGUUGACGAAAAUACGAGCUUUUGAGUAAACAGUUUGCCAAGUUACAGUGUAACCCAAGAGGUAUUUCUAACCAGCAUAAAGUGGCCAUUCUGAGUAAGUGCCCAUUGUAAACAACAAACUCUGAGAGUCUCUUGUUGAUAUAGCUUAAGAAUCAGUCUUGAUACCUGUUAUCCUGUACAAAUCACUCGAUUAAGGAGGUCGCUUUACAGUUGUUUUUACAUAAUCUGUCUCAAAAAAUAUUCAAUUUUGUGAACAUUGCAACAUAGGGAUCGGCUAAAACAAUGUUUUUCCUAUGCCUGUGUUUACCGUACCAAAGUUUUGUUGUCCAAAAAUCCGCCGAAAUCUUUAUCGUUAUGUCAAAAGUGAACUUUCGAUAAUCUGAUCUAUUUUUUCCGUUAUUAUCCUUCAGUCUCAAAGAAUGUUUCUGACGUCUUUGUGAAGAUCCCGCUCCUUUACAUGGGGUGUAAACUGAUGUCUCUGGGGUAUCUUUGUAAGAGCUUUAAAUAUCUUACUCUGUUCUGCGUGUUGUAAAAAAAGGGGCUAGUUGACAGUGACAUGUUAUUGGUAUGUCAGUAGAUAACUAAGCAAGUGAUAUUGGGGUUAAUUUUUGUAAGCACGGACUUCGUUCAAAGCCAGUUUCCCUAUAGCUCAGUGAGUGGAGCAGCCGAACGCGAAAUCGGAAAAGAUUGGGGAUCGAAGGUCAACGAAUGACUCAGAGUUUCCUUCGUCUCACACUUGUGACGAAUGCCAAACCGUCUUUCCAACGCGUUUUUGUCAGACGCAACAGCGCAACAGCGCAACAGAGAAAAGCCCAGAGACAGAGCAUUGUUCACGGAGGGACCCACGGGUACAAAAAUUGCGCAUUCGGCUCCGCUUCAAUGUCAUCUGAAACUCCAAGAUAACUGAAACCGCUCGGUCACUGAAUAAACGGGGCUUUUCAGGCAAAACUGUACGUUCUAGAGAUUACACAGAAUACGUUUUCCGUGUCAUUCCUUUCCAAAGGAACCCAAAUUAUUGAAGUUGAAUACCAUGGCUACAUAUUUGCCAUCUCAAGGGCUUUGUUUUAAAAUCCUGGACUGCUAAUAAUUUCCUUUUUUCUGUUAUCUUGUUUUAAGUGGCUUUUCCCAUAAAAAUUGCUGAUUUUAUGGCAUUGGCGAUAGUACUUCAUUUUUCUCUUGAAUUACCAUAAUAAUACUCGUGGAAAAGAUGAAUUGUGUUUGCUGCAAUAACAUACUGACAGCUGUAUGCAUUAUACGGAGGGGGCUAUUGUUACUUUAUUUGAAAAAUGAACGAUUUGGUUUCAGUCUUUUGCAUUUGUUACAAAAAUAUUAAUCCAUUAACUGCAAUCUCCAGUUUUCUAAGUUCAUCAUCUCAAACAUUCUGGCUUAAACCAGGGGUUUCGUGACAAAAGCCGAUUAGCGGCCCGCCAUUAGGAACUCUCAUCGCCGUCUGUUCAAACUGCGACUAUAUCCAGGCUCUCAUGUUUGGCUUUCGCCUCACGGCACAGCCACCUGUUACAUCAUCGGCAGCCACUUAUGGGAAAAAGGUAUGAAAACCCCUGCUUGAACGGAACUUGUAGAAAGCAACUUUUUUUUUGCCAAAACUUACAUGAAUGAUGUUCCUUUGUUCAAAUAAUUUCCAUGCGAUGAAUGUAUACAAUGCUAAAGUCGUCUUCGCCCGACGUCAGUCAGAUCAAGUAUUACUACAGCUUAAAGAUGGCUAGCUGAGAACAAAACAACAUAGAUUUCCUGUAUAGGAAUGGGUUUGGUUUGAUGUUUUAAUCCAAAACAGGAAGAAUAAUUCCUUGUCUGGAAAAACGAUUAUACGGUCCAGAGUCUUAAGAGUCUUAUUCUAGCACGUUACCUUAAAGCGUGAAAAUUGCACACCUGUCGCUAGCUAUAUGACAGAUGAAAUUCUUGUUAAUCGGUUUAUAAUUGGUUUGUUUUUCCAUUUGAUCUUGGCUAAUGGAAAUUUCUUCUGGCGUUUGCCCGUCGCAUCUUUUGUGCAAAUGAGUUUCGCCCAAUUGUAACCUUCUGGCUGGCUCCCACAUUUGAUCAACAUGUAACUUCCCCAUAUAAUUUCCACACAUCAUCCGGCAAGUAGGUAAUGAGAAUACUCAAAGUUAUCAGGUAUAAGUUGUUAUCUUGAUCUAACUCUACAUUCUCGUAUCUAAUUUACAAAUAAAUGUGUAGCAACUAGAGGGGAGAAUUAAUAAUCAGAUCUUGAGAGUUAAAGUGUUAGCUCCAGCCUCAUUUUAUCACCGCUGCGACGAUAGAACAGCUCAAAACAAUGCUUUUUGAUAUGCAUUCAAUUCAAGUUUCGGGUUUCGUCGAGGUUUUUAAAACAUAUCUACGACCAUAGUUGUUUUAUCAACUUUAAAAUAUUCAGAGAUGACAGGUAAAUGAAUGUAUUGAAAAACUAGUAGUUAGGACGAGGUUAACUUUCCGGGCCGGUUGUUUACUCGAGGUCUAACCAAAACCGCGGUUGUUCGCAAGCAGUGUACUUUCUAUAAGAGGGUUAUUUUCAUUAAAUAAAUGUCCCUCCCCUGAUAGCUUUCGGUCCCUUUGACACUGAUCACAAAAAUAAAUGUUUGGAAAAAAGAGCUAAAUUUAAGAUAGGUUAGAACGCAGUUUUGUUAAACAAUGGCUAAACUUUGUUUAAAUAACCGGUCCUCUAUGUUUUGAGAUCUUCAAUUUGGCUCUUGACAGCAAGAACUCAUCUUUGCUUUUGUGACUGAGCCUCACACCUCAGCACAGGGUCAUAGUUCUACAAUUUUCGAUGCGGAAUCUGUCAAAGUGUCUUCGAGCCACUGGCAUUUUAUAAGAUCAUAUUUACUAAGUACCACAUAUAUGUCGUAAAAAGAAUCCUUUGAUACUCAAUUUAUUGUGUUGUACUCAAGUAGUAAUGAAUGGGGCCCCUCUCAGGUACACUUUCUAAAUCUGAAACUGUUGGAAGCAGAGAGAGUUGAAACCAUAUAGGUCGUGCGUGAAAAAUUAUCGAAGAGAUCUUCGUUCAUAGUUCCACCUUGCUAAUAUUGCGGUGUAUUGGAUUGCGGUUGAAAUAAGUAAGAAGAUAGCCCAUGUUAAGAAAGUAAGUUCAUACACAUAUUUUCACCACAAUAGCUACAAAAAAAGUGAAAACACUAGUGGUGAUCGAGCACUUGUUUGAAAUCUAUCACAGAAGAAGGAUCGUGGCGUGUAAAAUUGCCAUUAAUCAGAAUAAUGUUGUCUUGAUGUAAAGUCAAUACGGACCUAUAGCAAACCACGACGGUGACGGCGACGGCAACGAGGACGUGGCAAAACAAAAGAUCUAAUGAGCAGAACAAUAGCUCAACUCGUGCGUUUUCAAACUGUGUACAUUUCUUAGCCGUCCUCUGCAAAAUAACAACGUGAAAUCAUCAAAAUUGUGCGUGGUCCGAGAAAGGAAAUCUCGACGGCAAAUUAUCUAAGUUUCCAUUUGGAACUCAACGCCGCUCUCAUAAGCUAUGCUGAGGUUAACUUGCGGCGCCGUAAGGGAUGGUAAUCACAUCCACUCAUUCGUGAAAUUCCAACCAAAAAUAUGUAUUCCUUUUUUAAAUCGACGUCUUCUUUGGCGUUGCCGUCCUAAAGGCUAAAGGUCCCUAAUGUUCAAGUGCCAACGGAAAAGAAUGGAAAUCAUUUUUUAAAGCUGAUUUGGAGGAUUUCUGUCGAGGGUAAAUCCUAGCAAUUUUUGUAAACUUAUUUGGAUCUAUGUUUUUUGGGAUAUUCAAACUACGUGCGCUGACGUCAAAGCAAUCUGCAAAAGGUGCGCGUUCUACUCUGAGGGAAUCUUUCAUCGGGAAUUUCAAGAAGUUAACCUUGUUCUCUAUAAAAUCAAGCUGAUGAUUUCAGGCAUUUUUUCUGGAAUUAGCGAUAGUAUCUGCCCAACAAGGCAUGUUGUUUAAUAAUAAUUAGUGGAUGACAUUUCCAAGGUAUCCCGUUGUGAAAUGGAGUUCCGCAGCACAGUUUCAACUUUUAAAACAAAGAUCACCACUCUGAGAUAGAAAGCAACAUCAUGGUUUUAUUCUAUCAGAAAGGGGAGUACUAAUUUUUGUCAAAAUGUGCUCAUGAUUUUGACGACAGCGAAGCUUAUUCAGUCAAGUGAAACCCUUUGAAACAUAACUUUUCCCUAAAGUGGGCCAAAACUCUGUAAGCCCUUGAAGACGUGUUGACCUAAAGCUAAUUAUUUGUAAGUUAAUGGUCAUCGUAUUGCCUACCUGGGAGCUUAACGCUCUAAACUUUCAAGUACCUGUUGAAAUACAGAAAUUGAUAUUGCUCUGUCCGGGUCGAUUCAGUAAUUUAAGACUCUUAGCUAUCACAUCGUCACUAUUUCUUGAAACUUCUCUUCGAUUUCAGGCUGUGAGAGAUAAAUUGGCGAUUAUCUGUAGAUGCCAUGGAGUGUCUGGCUCGUGCCAGAGGAAAACAUGCUUCAGGCGGCUGAGUGAGUUCAAAGAUGUUGCCACGCUCCUCAAGAAAAAGUACGAUAACAUUAUUACUGUCGUUAGCAGGACCAGAGGCCGCCAGAAUCAUUACCUAAGAGCGAAGAGGGGGAAAAAAUACAACAGCCGAGAUCUUAUUGCUUUGCACCCAUCUCCUAAUUACUGCCUCGCGUCCCGAGCCCGGGGGACUUAUGGAACGGUCGGAAGAGAAUGCAAUCCCGCUACCACUGGGAAGGGAAGCUGCGCGUACAUGUGUUGUGGGCGUGGUCAUCGCACGUUUAAACGGGUGAUUGAGGAGCGCUGUGAAUGCGAGUACGUAUGGUGUUGCUAUGUAAGGUGCAAUAAGUGUAAGAGAACUAUUGUUGUCAGCACGUGUAAAUGAGAAGACACUAAACAACUCAAGAGCUUAACCCUGUAAAAAAACAAAAAUUGCAGCAAUUUAAAAUUAUGGAGUUUUUCAUGGAUCCCGAAAAUAUUUUAGAGGGAUUUAGAUGUAGACUUCCACAAGCAAGACAAGUGUAAAAAGAGUAGCCUAGAUGAAUUAUAGAGAACUUGUUUGGUUCACGGAGAUUUUAUGGCACACGAGACCAUAUCUGUUAGCGAGUGUCUCAUCUUCUAAAUAUGCAGGUGAAGAAUGAAUUCUUCACUGAGAGAACAGCAGCUUUGUCUCACAAGCUGCAUUACCCGGAAGAAGGUCCACAGGCCCACCAUCCACGAUCCACCGGUAUUUUGAACUCGAACCACAGGGAUCCGUAGCGUCCAGGGUUUUUUUUGUAAGCUGCAUCACGAGUGAUAAUACACCUUAAGGAAAAUUAAAUUUAACCAAAGAUUGUAAAUGAAGAGUAAAUACACAGAUAUACUUCGCAGAUCGUGCUUCAUGUAGAUGAUAAGCGAUGGGUCCUAACCCAAAACGUGGGCUUCUUUGUUACUACGUAACAUGCAUAGUUUUCUGCUCUUUUUUAACUCGAUUCUUUACCUUUUAAUUACAAUUAGUAAGUGGCGUAUUCUGGCCUUGCCAGUGAUCCAACGGAGCUGCAGGUAGAGAGGUUAAAUAAGCAUUAUGAGUGAAUGUUAUCCUUUAUUAUCAUAAGGCAAUAAGGUAAAUGUGAGCGUCCUAAUUGGCUCUUACUCGGUCGGUAUGUUGACAUACGCACCGGAAACGGUGCGUAUGGCACAUAUGGUGCGUAGGACGGUUUUGUUCGCGAAAGCCGGCAAAUUCAAAGACUACAUGUUUGGUCCGGGGCCAUUUAAAAAAAGAAUAAUAAUUACCUACCUCGCUUCCUCGAGCCCUACUUGUAAAUAUUGGCCCUCUGUCGUUUUUUUAUGGACCUUUCAUCGUUCGGUCCUUACUGUCACGACUUCGGGCCAAUAUUCCCCAGUAUGGCCCUCACGCUCCGUUGGUAGUAAGUUACUAAAGCUCUCGUCAUUAUUUGUCCUUCGAAAUCGCAAUUCAUUACAAAUGAUUCUCUGAUUAAACAAUGAAUCACUUGGAAACAAGUUUGGUUCCAUCAGGGAAAAGAAACAUGAAGAUUUCACUUUCACUUUCACAACAAAUAACUGGCACCGAAGUGUGAUCAUUCGAAGUUCAAACAAUAAAUAUCAAGAAGAAAGUAAUAUUUCAGCUGCCACACAUUGAAUAAGGAUGUAAUGGACUGGAUUAUCAUUUCCGGACUGUUCACUUUCGGUGUGAUUCAGUCAGUUUCAUUCUCCUAUCAGCGUUGUAGUGGCUCUUACAUGUGUUAAUGUUUAGAAUUUGCUUUAGUGUGAUUGGUCAGGAAAAACUCGUGUCAUUGACUUGACCAAUCAACUACUAAAUCAGAACCAAUCACAACCUGGUCACGUGGGUUUUCCCGCCGUGAUGUACAUAAGCUUCCAAAUUUCAUUGGCUAGUUUUGUGCCUUGCUUUUUCAGUGAUUGUUUCCGAUUUGUGGAGUUCUUUUGAACACCUAAUUACGAGCUCCGUGUUUGAAAUAGCAAAGAGUAAUUGUUAGCAAUGUACGAUGAUAUUAGUGAGAGACAAGUCUUGUUAGUAUUAGCUCACUCAAUUUUAUUAAACUUAUUUAUUGAAAACCAGCUAUUUACUGUACACGCUUAUGAUAGGCACAGGGUUACUUACUAGUAAUAAAGAUGAUAAAUAGUUUCUUCUG